GUCAAUUGCAAACAUGUCCAAUAAUAAUGGUCCCAACAAUGGCUACAGCAUCAAGCUCAUUAACACACUUUAUCGACAAGUGCCAGCAUUCACUGAUAUUUUUGAUGAAGAGACUUGGUACAUGUUUGUAACUUGUUUUGUACUAGGUACCAUCUUGCUUGUUUUCAUAUUAUCCAGAUUUAUUACCAUCAAACCUGUUGAUUAAUAAGAUACAAAAAACUGUUUGUUAGAUCAAAGUUUGUACUUUAAAUAUUGAUUCUUGAAUAAUCAUUUGUUACAACAUGGAUGAAUAAUAAAUCUCUAUACCAUA